AUGAUUCGAGGAAAAGUUUCAACGAGCUCUUGGUACAUCUACGCCGGGACAAUCCUUGUCGUCCUUUCAUUCAUGCUGAUCGUCAUCCCGUGGCAGUACAAUCCAAGUUGUCUCUCAAAAACCGAAGAGGACGACGAAGAAGAAACGCCAAAAGCCUAUGCCAACUCUAUCACUGAAGACGAAU